GACUAAAGACAAAAAAUUAAUUAUUAUAAGCUAAGACAGUGCCAUAUUAUAAUACGAGUAGUACUUAGCUACAACACUGUAGUCCCAAGUAGUAUUUUUUAUUGGAAAUGUGCGUUCGCUAUAGACUAAAACGUUUUUAAGGAAAUUGUAGUAUCUUCUGAGAACUUGCAAUAAUAACGACAGCAAAACCUGCAGUUUCCAGUUACGAUCACCAAAAAUGGCGUUGGCGAUGGGCUUUGUACUGGCGGUGAUGGUGGGAGUGGGUUCGUCUUUGGCAUUUCCCUAUGCCCGUCCGUUGCCCGUGCCCCCGCCGUUCCCCUACAAUCGCCCGUUACCCGUGCCCCCAUCCCCACCCUCCCCUUUUAACCGUCCGCUGAUACCCCCCACGGGCUGGAUGGGGGGAUAUCCAGGACCAGGAGGAUUUAUGCAAGGACCACUAGCCACAGGUGGUCUGUCUGUUCAGAAAGAGGCCGAUGAAACCGUUCAGAAGGCCGUAGAUGCAGUGGCCGAUCAAAUUAAGAAGGCGACCGGCAGCACGGAUAACCGUUUCAUUGCGGUGGAAUACCGUACAGGUGUCGUCGCUGGACUUAACUACUUUGUGAAGGUCCGUUGGGGAGCAAAAAACCUCGAUCGCUACUAUCAUGUGGCCAUCUUUCAAGACCUAAAGGGAAACUUUACGUUGACCAAUGUGAAAGACGCCAGUCAACACAGUCCAAUUAUGAUGAUGUAACAAGGUCAUCAGCAGAACGAGGAGAUGGCUGACAUUGCAAGAGACAAUUACUUAUGCAAAAAUUAUGUCCUUGGAGAACCUGCUAACUGAAUAAUUAUCUACCGACCGGAAGCGUAAACCAGUGAAAACGGCAUCCCUG